AUGGAUCAAACUCCAGGCGACAAGUCCCCAUCGGUUGAGGAGUGGAACAAACUCCUCAAAUCAUACAUGUUUCAUCAAGAAAACAUCCAUAGAGUCGUGGCAAACUAUUUCGUACACGGAGGGUACAAGGAAGCGCUCGAAACAUUUACACAAGAGUCCAAUGUGAGUCCCACUGUUAGCACCCACUCACUAGACGCCCGUGUUUUGAUAUUCGAAUCGAUCAGAAAGGGAAAUGGUUUGGACGCUUAUCGUUUGGUGGAAAAAUUCUUUCCCGAAGUACUGGCCACGGAUCAUUGGUUGAACUUCCAGCUACUGCAACUGCACAUCAUCGAGUUGAUCCGUACGGGAUGUACUGAAGAAGCGCUGCUCUACGCACAAACGCUGCCAUUUGUAAUUGCGGAACACCCACCGGAAGUGACCACGGAAAUCGGACGCACUUUGACGCUGCUAGUCUUUGCGGAUCCUCUAGCAUGUCCGUACGGUGAAUUGCUCCAGCAAAGCCACCGUGAUAGGGUGGCGUGUGCGUUUAAUGAGACAAUUGUCAGACGAACAAUUCGAGGACGCUCCACUGCAGAGUUAGAACUCCUGUGCAAGCUGGUGCUUUGGUGCCAGGACCAACUGAGCAAGGGUAAAGUUCGGUUUACUACGAUGAAAAAUAUCGCCACAGCUACGCUAGAGCUAGAAUAA